AUGAUGCAUGCGGCCCUGGGCGUCUGGAUCUUAUCAGCAGUGAUUUGUGUGGGAAGAGGCCACCAUGAAGCAGACCACAGUGAUGACAGCCUCUCACAGGUGAACUCGGGAAACAAAGAGUUUGCCUUCCAACUCUACAGAAAGUUGGCUUCUCAUGCUGCCAACCAGGGCAAGAACAUCUUUUUCUCUCCGAGUAGUGUGUCCGUCGCUUUGGCUGCCUUGUCUGUCGGAGCUCAAGGGGAAACCCACCAACAGCUGUUCAGUGGUCUGGGUUACAACAGUUCCCAAAUUACACAGAAAAAUGUAAAUGAGGUCUUUAGCACGCUCCUCAAAAGACAAGACAAUUCUUCCGACAUCAAUGAAGGGACAGCUCUGUUCCUGGAUAACAAGUUUGAGCCAAAACCUGAGUUCCUGAAGAAUUUGAAAGAAUUCUAUUACACGGAUGUGUCAAAUCUUGACUUCCUCCAAACAAAAGAAAGUGCAGAUACCAUCAAUAAAUAUGUGUCGGAUAAAACCCAUGGCAAGAUUGAUAAAUUGGUGGAGGAGCUGAAUCCAACAACAAUUAUGUAUCUCAUCAGCCACAUCUACUUCAAAGGAAUGUGGGACAGUCCUUUUAAACCACAGCUCACACAAGAAGACAUAUUUAAUGUUGAUGAGAAAACCAAGGUUUCUGUCCAGAUGAUGAACAAGGAAGAUGAUUUUGAUGUCUAUCAUGACCUAGCAAUCAACACAACAAUCCUGCGCCUUCCCUUCAAAAGUUCUUAUAGUAUGCUCCUGCUGUUGCCUGAAAACAUGGCAGAGCUAGAAAAGGAAAUUUGUCCUCAACAUAUUACCAAAUGGUCAAAAUGGAUGAAAAGCAGGGAAUAUGAUUUAUUUCUUCCAAAAAUCUCAAUUAAGACUACAUACUCUCUGAAGGAAGUACUGAUUGAAAUGGGAAUGACUGACAUGUUUGAUGCUCAAGCAGAUUUGACUGGUAUUUCAGAGGCGAAGAAUCUCUUGGUCUCUAGCGUCGAGCAUCAAGCUGCCCUUGAUGUUGACGAGUCUGGAGCCACUGCUGCAGGUGCCACAAGCAUAGGCAUCAUUCCGAUGUCCUUCAAACAAAUCCCAGUGCUGAAGUUCAAUCGUCCAUUCAUGCUGCUUCUCACUGAAAACACCACGGAUGACAUUCUCUUCUUGGGCAAGAUCAUUAAUCCGAAUAAAUAA